GCUUGUGUCGCCGACAGCGCGAAGAAUAAGCAAAAAAGCGGUUCCGUUUGCGAUCCAAAAUCAGUCAAUAAUAAGCCGCUCAACAAAGAGGCGCUCAAACCAGUGAUUAAAGAGGCGCUCAAACCAGUAAUCAAAGAGUCGCCGCUCAAAAGCGCACCGCCGAUGACUGCAAAGCCUGCGCUUAACGCCAGGAAAUCGGUCGAAUUUGUGGACGUUGUGGACACCGACUCUAUGGACUCAAUUGAAUCAAUUCCCAACUCUAUUGAAGACUCUUAUGGAGAGCCAACAGAGAUCUCUGGACUCAACAACGAGACCACCGCUGAAGACAAGACAACAGAGAUGGCGUCCGCUGUUCUCGAGGGUCUCGAGUCCAACAACGACCGCCUGUCCAUCGAUUUCCUCGAUUCUUCAUUUGGAUCCCACACCGAUGGCAACCAAUCGCUUCCAACGGCCAGAAACGCGUCACAAGAGAAGGAGAAGGCGUUCAAGAAAGUGAUGGAUUGGAAGUCGUGUCAAACGAGUCAACACAUUGUGGACACAGGAAUGCAAACUCAAAAUUCACCCAAAAAGGUGUUGAAAUCAGUUUCCAUUCAAGUUGUGGCCAAACUCUGCAAUCAGAGUAUACAGACUGACCCUCUGUUGGACAUCAAUACUGAUAAUGCGGCCAAAGAGACCACCAAUUGUUGCGAAUCUAAUAAUUGCUGUUUCCAUAAGUCUAUUGAGAAUAUUCCGUGUCAUUCACUUCAGAUGUUUCUCAAACAAUUGGUUGAGUUUAAGGCCAAUCAAUUGGUAACUAAUGACAACCAAUUGGCCAUCAAUUCCGAUGAAGUGAAGGCCACGAGUGAGCCGUCAGUCAGCGCUAAACCUAUCAAUGAAAUUGAAAAUAGAGAAGAAGCGGUUUUAGUGCCUGUGAUUGACAAGUUGUCCACUCAAGACAUCCAUUGGGCGGUGAAGUCGUAUUCAUCAAAGAGAUCGUCCUUUGAGUCCAUCACAAGAAGUAAAAAACCCAAAACAGAGCUUAAAUCGGAUUCAAAUGUAGAAGAAGUGGUCGAAUUGAUUGAAACAGACAAAGAGAGGGUUCCCGAACUGAUGGCGCCAAAGGUUGCGGAGGAAUCGGUGCAAGAAGUGGCAGACGAUAGCGUCUUUAUAUUUGAAGACCCGCCAGAAGUGGUGGAACCGAAACAAAAGCCAAAACGAAAAGUUGUCACUAAAAAGACGGCUAAAAGUAAGGCUUUAGUGGUAGAAGAAGAAGAAGACGAAGAGCCAAAACCGGUGGCAAAGAAUGUCAGAAAACGUCAAAUCAUUUCUACUGAAUCGGAAGAGACGCCAAAAGCGGAUACUAAGAGAACUAAAUCA